CCACCCAACCAGCCCGGCAAAACGGCCAACUCUUGUCGUCCCUGCACACAGCCAUCGCGGCCAUGACAUCGCGGCAAGACAGCCCACCCAUCACCACGGCCAGCCAAAAUCUGCUCGUCAACUGCCUCGACAUCGUUGCCACGCACGGCGCCUACCUUGUGCCUCGGGCGGCUACACCAGUGUUCGAGAAAACACACGACGAGGAAUUCGCUGCCACACUAUCCCGGAAGCUCCAUGCGCUCCUGGAGGAACAAAUAUGCAGAAGGCCAUGUAUCGCCAGGCCGCCGACGAAUGGCCCAUCGGGCGCACGCCCCCCGAGGUGAAAGAGAAGCGCAACGCCGAGCUGAAGGCGCUGCAAGAGCUUGAGGGCGCCACCUCCGACGAUGGCAGCGACAGCGACAACAACAGAGACGGCAAUGGUAUCGACGCCGGGGUCGGUCCAGGGAAAACAGUGGCAGCACCAGACCGGCCACGUAGGCGGCCACGCCAAGCAGACUGGCUCCCGACACCACCGCUGUCCGCCGAAAGUCCUCUGGCCACACCACAUAGGAGGAAGCAGCGGAGGAUAUCCGAGGAAGACGACAAGGAAAAAGAGCGCCCCACCAAGACGCACGUUCGCUCUGCUAAAGAAGUCUCCGCUGCAGAAGAUGCUAUGCCUAACACAUCACAGCAGAAGGACUGGAAGCGGCGACGAACUCUCGAUAUAUAGCUAUCUUGUAUCUCUUAUAUAGACUAUUCUAGAUUACUAUUAACUUUAAUAUAUAGCUAUUUAGGCUUUAUUUA